GAGAAAGCCCCGUCAGUUCCCAGAAUAGAAAUCCCAUUUCGGUGCUGGACUUGAACGGGAUUCUCGCUGCUAUCUCAACAGCACAGAAAGCGACGGGGAAGUUUGUUCGGACUUAGAGGAUAUGGGUUUUUUGUUCAUGCCUCCAACACAAAACACUUGUGUGAGUCGGCACCCGCCUCCGCUUGCUUUCAGUUCAACCUCACCUGUUGACGCCGACAGCAGCUCAGACUGACCUGUCAAGUUUCCUGGGAGGGAAUGAAUCAAACCAGGUGAAGAUAAAACCCAGCAGAAAGAAAGUGAGAUAACUUGGCUGUCAGACAGCAAACAGUUGGUGAGCUCGAAGCAACGAAUUCUGACUUGUGUGUCUGAAAGUGGAAGCCUUUUUAAAGUUCGCUAAAGUGACGUUUCGUCCGGCUUGCCACUAUGUAAUGAAUUGGAGGACCCACAGCUGUUGUCGUUUAGUUUGGAGCGCGUUUUCUAGAAAUGCCCCAACAUAACAUGGAGAGCACCAGGAGCCAGUGGCAGCAGGGGCAGCGGCCGCCGUGGAUCACCAGAGUGGCUGGAGGUCAAAGCCCCGCCUCCUCAGGGGCGGAGUCGGAUACAGAGAGUAGCAGCACGGAGAGUGAGAAGUCCUGCAUUAAAAGGCUGGAGGUUGGCUCAGUGAGGGUCUUGCUGUCGCCCUCAGUGCUCCAACAGCGAAUCACAGAGAUCGACCAACAGAAGGAGGAACUAAAGAUUGAGCUGCAGCUGGAGAUCGCCCUGCUGCAGGGCGAGCUGCAGACAGAGAAGAAUCAGCUGCACAGACACGCACAGAAGCUGCAGGCUCUACAGCAGGAGGCCAGUCAAACAAAGCGCAGACACAUCGUCAGACAAAAGGAGCGAGAGAGUCUGGAGGGGGAAAGAUGCAGGGUGGAGGAACUGAAGAGGAGGUGUGAAGAGAAGGAGAAACUGAUCCCCAGUCAGUCAGAGAGCCAGAGAGAACAGUUAACACUGCAGCUGCAGCAGGAGAAAGAGGUGAUGGAAGCGGCAAUUCGGGCCUUUGAAGACUGGGAGUUUCGUGUUCUGGAGCAAGAGAGCGGCAUUGAUGAGGAGGACGAGAGCACGACAGAGGAGGGAGAGAGUCAAGGGGUGAGGGAGAAGGAAAUCUCAUGUCAGAAGCAUGCGGUCAACGCUGCACAGGAGCGAGUCCAGCAGUUAGAGAGGCAGCUGAAGGAGAUGGAGAGGGAGAAGGAAAGGGAGCUGAACGCCUUAAGGAAAGCGAAGAGAGAACUCGUCCACACAACUCAAACGGUUCUAAAAGAGAAGAAGCCGCUCACUGAUUGGUCGAACAUCACCGGCUCAGCCCCCUGCAUGAUGUCACUUUCCCCUCUGACCGUUCACAAGCCUCCUCAGGAACCAUGCAAAGAAUCUGUCAGUUUGCCCAGAAGACGGAGCUCGCAUCGCAACAGCAAACUCAACGACAGGCCGCUCUCAGCACAGGGGUUGGUGAGGAUGCUUCCAGACAGCCAGACCCCAGAGGCAAUCACUUCCCCUCUCCCCUCCCAUAGGCUCAGCAACGGGCACAGUAGCGGGCACAGACCUGGGUCCAGCAACGGUGGCGGGCUCCUCACUCCGUGCAACAGUACAACAAGCUCUCGCGCUGCCAGCCCGUCUCUGUUGGAUCUCCAGGAGAUCGAGAAGAAACUGAAGGAAGCCAAGGCAGAGAGAGAGAGGCUGCUCAGAGAGAGGGAAGAGCGACGGCGGCUGUUGUUGGAGAAAAGGCAGACAGAGCCAAACUCUCCCAGAACAGACCAGCCAGAGACCCCACAAAAGCCCGAGCCAGAACCAAAGGAGCAACCAAAGACCAGUUCUCUCCCAAACUCCCCAGAACAACGCGGCCUGCCCCUCUUCCUCUCUCCCAACUUUGACCUCCGGGCCCACCUGGAGUCUCUGGGUCACGGAGUGGCCGGCUGCACGGACCUGCGGCUGACGUCUCGACGCUGUGCAGGCUUCCUGACCAAACGAGGGGGGAGGGUCAAGACCUGGAAGAAGAGAUGGUUCCUGUUUGACAUGGACCACAGACGACUAGCCUACUAUACAGACUGUGAUGAGAGGAAGCUAAAGGGAGUCAUCUACUUCCAGGCCAUAGAAGAAGUUUACUACGACCAUCUACGAACAGCCACUUCUUCUCCGCGGCCCAGUCUGACGUUCUGUGUGAAGACAUACGACCGUCUUUUCUUUCUGGUGGCUACCAAUGCAGUAUCCAUGCGGAUUUGGAUGGACGUCAUCGUCACAGCAACAGACGAGCACAGCCGUUAUUGACCUCUUGCACAUGUGACUAUAAAAUCCUUGAGCGAAGCUACUGAGCGGUCAAUGCAUUUAGUCAUUUUCUCCCUGUUGAGGGGCUGGUUUGGCUGAGAUCCACCUCAGGGGCUGAUUCUGUACCUGGACUCAUGAAUCUGUGGAUAAGGCAGGUGAGACACAGAGGUGCAGUGGUUCGAGGUGCCAAGUAGAUGUGCUUGAAGACAGCCGAGGAAACUGUUACUGGAAGAGUGAUGCUUCAGUGGUGACAGAGGCUGACUGCUGAACCAGCUGCAAACCACAAGCAGCUUAACACACCAGCCUGCACACUGGGUUUCUGUUACUGGGAGGUUUUACUCUUUGAGCCUGACCUCCCCCCUGCUGGUCCCAGUCCAGCAUUACAGGACUGGUGUACAGUACACUACAACAAACAGGAAGUGGGCACCAUAAUAGCAACACUUGUACGAUAUAAUGCAAUCCAAUGUAAUAGCCCAGCAAUAAAUAAUCCGUUAUUAGUCAGUGAUGUCUUGAUUUGUGCUGGAUUGUUUCAUAUUGUCAGGUGUUUCCAUUAAAAUGUCCAUAUCCUGUAUCUUUGUUUUCAUUAAUUACAUUUUCAUGAAUUAAGUUAUUAUUUGGAAAUUUAUAUGGGUUUGAUAUGCAAAUAAAUGAAGGCAUACACUGUUAUGAAUGCACUAUUAAAUGUUUAUUCAUAAAAAGUU